AUGUCUUCUCCUCGCGAGCCCUACGACGACGAUCUGCUGGACGAAGACGAGCCCGAGUCGCGAAACCCCCAUGCCUCGUCCACGCGCUGGCGCCACCAGGAGUCGUCAUCCUACGCCAAGUACGCAAACCAGCAGCCGCAAAGGGGCCAUGUCGCGCGCGAUGCCGACUCGCGCAAUGAUGUCGGCGCCCUGGCCGACUUUCUCAACUCGUCGCGCAUCGAGCCCCCAGAGCGCACCGGCAGCCGUCCAUCCACCCCGCGAUUCAAGCCCGUAAUGGCCGGCGCCGCCGAAUCCCGGGCCACUGCCGACGGCGACAACAACGUCGCCGCCGCCAAUCUCGGCUCUCCCCGCGGACCCCCGCCCGACGGCAAGGAGAUCUUGGUCGGGCCGCUGCUCAACUACCGCCGCAUGGAGAACAACCAAUGGAUUGGCAGCGUCUUGAUCGUGACGCGAGGCGGCGGCAAGACCCAGCCGCUGGCCCCUUCGCUGAGCCUGCGGAGGGCCGCCGGCAGCGGCGGCGGCGGCGGCGCAGGCCAGGGCAAGGACGCCCCCGGCAAGGCCACAAAGGGCAUCUGCCUCUACUCGGACCCGCGAUGCACGUUCUGGCGCUUCGACUUAGCCGUCGACCUGCGCCCCGUCGAGACCAAGUGGGAAUACGCCCUGUCCGGGAUGCGUCAGGCCAGCAAGACGAAGCCGGCCAUCAACAGCUUCUACGUGCCGGCCGCGUCCGAGUCCAUGAGGAUCAUGUUCCACAGCUGCAACGGCUUCUCGGUCGGCACUGACGAGCAGGCCUGGAGCGGUCUCGCCCUGUGGAACGACGUCUUGCGCCGCCAUCGCGAGGUUCCCUUUCAUGUCAUGAUUGGGGGUGGCGACCAGAUCUACAAUGACGGCAUUCGAGUAAAAGGCCCGCUAAACGAGUGGACAAAGAUAACAAACCCAAAGAAGAGGAAAGAAUAUCCCUUUCCGGAAAAGCUCCGCGAAGACUGCGAUGAGUACUACCUGAAAAACUAUCUUCGGUGGUACGGGACAGAGCCCUUUGCCACGGCGAAUGGUCAGAUCCCCCAGCUGAAUAUCUGGGACGACCAUGAUAUCAUCGACGGGUUUGGGUCUUAUGUCAAUGAGUUCAUGAAAUGCGAUGUUUUCAGAGGCAUAGGCGGUCUAGCCCACAAGUACUAUAUGCUGUUUCAGCACCACCUCCCGCCGCCUCCGACCACCUACACUUCAGAUUCUGUCCCGGCUGCGCCAAACGAAGAAGGUCUGGGAGUUGACCCUAACCAGCUGAUAAAUACAUUUGUCCAUCCUGUUAUGACCGAGUCCAACUACAUUGUUGGCUCAGAACCAGGGCCCUAUGUGGCAGAGCAUUCUCACAACAUGUUUGCGAGACUAGGAGCCAGGAUAGCCUUUUUGGGUAUUGACGCGCGAACUGAGCGUACGAGGCACCAAGUCAACUACCCAGAAACGUACCAGCAAAUAUUCAGCCGUUUACGCCAAGAACUGUCCACUGCAGCAAUCUCUGGCAACCCGUAUCAGCAUCUAAUCCUCCUUUUGGGCAUCCCCGUUGCGUACCCCCGCCUGACCUGGCUCGAAAACAUAUUCGCCAGUCCGCUGAUGGGCCCUGUCAAGUUCCUGAAUCGGCGAGUUGGCCUGGGCGGCAGCUUUUUCAACAGUUUUGACGGCAGCGUGGAUCUGCUUGACGACUUGGAUGACCACUACACGGCGAGGACGCACAAGAAGGAGCGAAACUGGUUGGUUGAGAAGCUUCAUGGCAUCUGCGCCGAGUUCUCCAUCCGAAUCACUAUACUGGGCGGCGAUGUCCAUCUUGCGGCUCUAGGGAGGUUCUACUCGAAUCCGCGUCUGAACAUCCCGGUGGAGAAGGAUUACCGCUACAUCGCCAACGUCGUGUCGUCGGCUAUCGUGAACAAGCCGCCCCCCGCGGCUGUAGCGAACCUCCUGUCGCGGCGGAACAGGAUUCACCACCUCAACCACGAGACUGACGAGACCCUCUUGAAGCUGUUUGACAAAGACCCCGGCGAGACGACCAAGACAGCGGACCACAAUAAAGUCACCAUGCCCAGCCGAAACUACUCCAUAAUCACGGAGAAUUCUCCCAACAACGGGCGCCGUAACAACCGCGAUGCGAACGGCGCCGCCGGCGCCAGCGUAGGCGGACUUCUGGCUCCCGAGCCGCCAGCGCCUCCGGGGUCGAGCGCCGGACUAAGCAUCCGCAGCCAGCGGUCGAUGACGAACAAGCUGCAAAAGCUCACGCCGCCCAAGGACGCGCGGCUGCCCAUCAGCGCCGGCGAGGUCGGCUGCGGCACCACGCACAAGGCCGCCAACCCCGCCGAGCACGGCAAGGGCCACGACGGCGGCCUCGACGUCUGCAUCUGCGUCGAGGUCGACCAACACGACCCCCAGGGCCGCACCCAGGGCUAUGGCCUCACCAUCCCUACCCUCAGCUACAAGGGCCCCAAGCCGCCCUCGCUCGCGGCCCCGCGCGGCUCCCUCUCCACCGACGGCUCCAUCGCGCCCGAGCUCCGGGACUAG